UAAUUUAUUUGUAAAAAAAAAUACAUUCAGUACUAAAAAAAAAUCUCCAUUACGAUCUUUUGAAAAUCUUCUAAAAAUUGUUUUCUUCUUUAUUUACAAAUACUUCCAUUCCCUCUUUCAUCAAAUUAAUUCGUCAACUGAAUUGUCUGUUACUCCUAUUUUUGGUUAUGUAAUCCAACAAUUGUAUCACCGAGCAUAAUCGCCCCCCGACAAGAAUGAGUGGACAAUUGACUCGAGUGUUGAGAACAUUUCGACUGUUCAAGUUGUUACCCUGUUCAUCAUUUCGUCGGCACAAUCAGGGAUUCUUGAUCCUAAAAAUUCUCGGUAACCAAAGUCCCCCCGGGAGUUCCAUUCACGUCAACAGCUCAAUGUCUUCAAGAAAAACCUGGCCUGUCCUAGAACCCUACCAUGUCAAUUAUGAGGAUCUUCUUGACGCUCAGAAGGAUAAUAGUGUCCUGAUUAUUGAUGUCAGAGAGCAGAAGGAGAUUGAUGAGACUGGAAAAUUACCAGGAAGCAUUCACAUCCCUACGGGAAACGUAUCGAAAGUCUUGGAAACUCUCCCAGAUGAUGAGUUUCAAAAACAGUAUGAUAAGCCAAAGCCUAAGAAGGACACUAAGAUAAUCCUCAGCUGCAGGGCAGGCAUCAGAAGUGCUAAGGUUCAAGGAGAACUCCAAAGAUUAGGAUAUCUGAAUACUUGGGAUUAUAAUGGAGGCUGGGUAGAAUGGGAGAGCAAACAGAAAUCCUGAAGACAUCGAUCAUGACCUCUAGAAUAAAUAAAUUCAAUUAUAAAGAUUGCGAUCCAUAAUCAUGUUGAUGAAUACUCGAAAAGGGAACUGAGAGCUACUCAUUUACUAAUUAUUAAUAGAAUAAAAAUGGAAUAAAUCUUGUAAAAAAUG